AUGAUGUCCGGUGCUUUGAGCAAGAGACAGCAAGCGCGCAACGAACGCGCUCUCCAGGAUCUUAUAAAGUCUGUGCCGGGGAACAAUGUGUGCGCGGAUUGUCAGGCCCGGAAUCCAGGAUGGGCAAGUUGGAGUCUCGGCAUAUUUCUAUGCAUGCGGUGCGCCGCUUUGCACCGAAAGCUGGGAACGCACAUAACGAAGGUCAAGUCGUUGAGCAUGGACUCCUGGACGAGCGAGCAGGUGGAAAACAUGAAGCGAGUUGGAAACGUUGCAUCAAACCGAAUAUUCAACCCGACAAACGCGAGGGCACCUAUUCCUUUUGAUGCCGAUGAAGCCGAUUCAGCGAUGGAGAGAUUCAUCCGGGGGAAAUACCUUGAGGGAGCUGCGCCUAAGGUUCCUGCGAGGAAUAAUACUGGAAGCACGAAUUCGGACGAUCAGCCUCCACCACUGCCGCCGAAACCCGGCAGCAGGUUUGGCUUUAGAUCGGCUUCUUCAAUAUUUCCGUUGUCCUCGAAGUAUCGUAAAGAUGCCGCUGCCAGGCAAGAUUUUGAUAACCGUGCACGACAACGAUCGCCGUCUCCACGGAGGAACAAGCCAUCGAGGAUCUUUGGUACUCCGGUAGGAGCUGAAGAGGUCGACGAUCUGGAGUUGAAAUUGCAGAGGUUACGAGAUAUGGGAUUCCAGGACGAAAGGAAGAACACUGCAGUUUUGAAGGGCCUGAGUGGAAAUUUUGAGAAAACAAUCGAAACUCUUGUUCGACUUGGAGAGGGUGGCAAUGGAGGGCUUAAGUCACCGGAACUCCCUAGGCCACCCGUCAAUGCUCGAUCUCGGACAGGACUGACAAUAAAUCGGACACGAGAUGUUCCUUCGUCAAAUUCGUCAAAUCCAUUUGAUAUGCUGGAUACCCCGCCUACAGCACAAACACAGUCCUCUCAGUCUACUGGAGGGCUGGCUUCUCCUGUGGGAAAUAAUCCAUAUCAGCAGCCACCAAAUCCCAACCCGUUCGGACUUGCUCCCUCUCGGUCACAAUACAACCUCAACCAAGCUUUCCAGAACAUGUCAGUUGAACAACCGCCACCACUUUUCCCGAACCGUACUGGUGGUUUCCCUUCCCCUCAAACUCCUUCUCAGCAACAGGCAUUCCAACAGUCCAUGGCACCUCCAGUUCCCUCUGUUCCACAACAAUACCAUACACCUGUAAUGUUCGAAAACAACCACCAGCAACCCCAACAAUCCCAACCGCAGCAAAAUAGCUACAAUCCGUUUAUGCAGCAGAAUCAACCUGCCCAAACACCGUCUCUCAAUACGAAUUUCGCGAGCAAUCCGUACGCUCAACAAUUAACAACGCCACAGAGUCUCUAUCAAAGUCCUAUGGAUCAACAUCCCCCCCAACAAUACGGAUCUGCUUUCUUUGGUAAUGGAGCAUCGCAAUUAGUCCAGGCGCAAGCACAGACGAACCCGUUCCUUAACCAGAAUGCACCCCAGCAACCCCAGCCAAUGAAUCCGUUUUUCGGUCAGGCGCAGGCUCCCCAGCAAGUUGAAUACCAACCACAAUAUCAACCGCAAUACCAGCAGCAAAGACAGCAGACGUAUCCUCAGAUGCCACAACAGACUCUCAGAGCCGAUAAGAGGAGUAUCAUGGACUUGUACAAUCAUCCCCAGAUGGCCCCAAUGCCUCCUCAGCCCAUUCUCCAACCCGAGCAGAGCCAGAUCCAAGCCCAGUCACAGCCUGGACCCCAAGCAGUGGGACAGCAACAAAGUCCUCUAGGUCACCCCGCCGCAGGGACUAACAAUCCUUUCGCUGUGAGCGGAGGCGGUGCCGCCCUUGGUUCCGGAGAUACCCUAGGUCAAAUGGCUCAAUUCCCUCCCAAGAAGAACGGAAGCCGUAACGUCAGUAGAGAGAGUGUUGAUGCAAGUGGGUGGGCGAAUGGUCGACAUAGCCCUGAUGCAUGGGGAUCGAUCAGUGCUAGGGCCAUGCGAUAG